AUGAUAGACCACGUGUUAGGGCGGCCGUCGUCAAAGUCGAGGCGACUACAGGUUCUGACCGUGCUAUCCCUAUGGUCCUUGUAUUUGUACAGAGGACACAAACAUGGGCCGCCGGGGGCACAGGCACUCUCCAAAUUUUUCACCAAACGUCUCACGGCAUGGCAAAUCUCUGCCUUCACAAUCAUCUAUCUCUAUGCUGCUCGAAACUUCAGCGCCCUUGUUGGCCUAGCCAGUCCUGAGCCCAUGGCCAACAUGUACGACACUACAUACUUCCGCGCCACCUGGGUCCUGACCGCUCUGGACGCUGGUUUUUGGACGGCAAUGAAGAUUAAGGUCAAAUGGCUCAGGGAUUUGGCCAGCAUCCUUUUCUCUCUUUUUUACCUGGUGGCGGCAGAACGCGCCGACGAGAAGGUCCGCAAAGUCCGAGGUAUGAUCACAGUCCAACACCUCCGCGUCGCGUGGAACAAAGGCACCACCCCUUAUUUGAGUGUGCUGCAACGCCUGAUGCGGCCUCGGUUUACGAGAUGGCCUCCAAGACAAAUCCGGAUUCCCCGGCCCUCGAAUAGUGAUUACAGGGAACCCAUCCUGGCAUGGUUGUAUUUCGACGGGCCACUAGCCGAUCUGCUGCUGCACAACAGAUUGGUGUUGGAUGUUCCCGGUGGCGGCUUUGUUGCCAUGGACCCGCGAUGCAACGAUGACAAGCUUCUUGCCUGGGCCUCAAAAUCUGGGCUGCCUAUUCUUAGUGUGGACUACAGGAAGGCCCCGGAAUUUCCAUAUCCCUACGCCGUCAACGAGAUAUUUGACGUGUACGAUGCCGUCAUCAACACAAAAGGACGCUGUAUCGGCAUGUCGGGCAACGAGACGCCUCGAAUUAUUCUGACGGGCGAUAGUGCCGGAGCCAACCUUGCGGUUUCCGCAACAUUGAUGAUUACCGAAACCAGUGACGGCGACCUUCGGCGAUUUGCUGGCCGGGGGGCACUGCCCGCUCCCGACGGCUUGGUGUGUUUCUAUCCGGCCCUAGAUAUGAAUAUCGGAAACUGGAUGACAGAUGAGCAAAUGUCGUUGAUUAGAGACCGUAAAUUGCGCAAGACAAAUAGAAGUAUUGCACGGCGCAAAAGCAUGCAAUACAACCAACUGGUGGGAACGCCACAUCACUCGGACGACGACGACGAAAUUACACCUCCCGAGCCGGCUUGUGUCCCGCCCAAAAGUACUCACGAUUGCCAGCCUCAGUUCUCUCACUCUGGCCCCCAGUCCUUGAACCCAAGCAAUACGAGGGACGAGCCCAAGAAGACGGACAGCAUGUCUCACCACUCGCAGCCGAUGCAGACUCGUCUUGCAACAUCCUCAAUGAUUUCCUACUUUAACGAUCGAGUUCUCACUCCGGAAAUGAUGCGAGCCAUGAUUAUCCUUUACAUUGGACCCCACAAUCGACCCGACUUUACACAAGACUAUCUCCUCAGUCCGGUCCUUGCGCCUGAAUCGCUUCUCGCCAAAUUCCCCAAGACAUACUUUAUGACGGGUGAACGGGAUCCGCUCGUCGACGACACCGUCAUCUUUGCCGGACGUCUUCGGCGCGCCAAAGAGGCCGUGGCAAGGGAACAAAACCGGGCCUUUGACGACACCGAAGCAGCCGAAGUCGCCCUCAUCCCCGGGGUCUCCCACGGAUUCAUGCAAUUUCCAGGAAUAUACCCUCCUGCCUGGAAACACUUUGAUCGAUGCGUUCUCUGGUUCGAACAGCUCUUCAUGGAAGCAGAGCACCUCCGUACCAGAAACCAACACCCCCCUCACCUCCCCUCACGCAUCGAAAAGAUGGCAUACCACAGCCAGCAACGACAACAUCACCAGCACCACCUGGCGGAGUCGAGUGGUGACGAAGACAAGCCACUGGAGAUAAGCAUGACCAAGCUAAGCAGAGGACGGGGCUCAAAUGCUUCUGUGGCGGCAAGGGCAGAAGUAGUGUCGAAUGGGAAGGGCAACGGCGACGCGCAGAAACAUAGGAAGAAGAUAUUAAGCAAGAACAAGAGUCUAAUCAAACUAAAGAGCACAGAUGAUUUGUUGGAUAGAAGGAUGGAAGGGCUGGCAGGCGGGUUGACGGGAACAGGAGAGGACAACUAG